AUGAAGAGCUAUGUUGGGAAAUUAAACGAUACUACACAGUUUUAUUCCAACUUGAAUUGGACAUACAUCAAACAGGUGACUGAAGCAGAUAAUAUCGAUUUAAUAAAACUAAAGGUGGAUGAGUUCUAUGAUGAAUGGUUACAGACACAAUUUGAUCAUUUAUUAGUGGGAAAUCCAAGCACCAAGAAUUUUGGGUCUACUAUUGAUGAUCAAGUCCGGAAUCUUAUUCUCAAGAUGAAUCUAAAACCUUUUGAACAAUCUUAUACCACCGCAACUGGUAUUGCUCCUGAUUCAUAUGAAAAUAGAGAAGACGGUAACAUUAAGAAAAAUGCCACGAAUGAAAGUGUUAAUAUUGACAUUGAUACUGAUACCAAUGGCGGCGUCAAUGGCGGCGUCAAUGGCGACAUCAACUGCAAAGAGAGUAACAUCAAACACGGUCAAAAGUAUUUUCGAGUCCCAGAUUUAACAAAAAAACAGCGUAGACUUUCCCUUGAUCUUAUACAACAGCAACGACCAUUUAGUAAAGGUGAUAAAUUGAGUGCGUCUGCUGCACCCGAAACCUCAACUGUAAAUGUCCUUGCUACCACAUCAGCAUCACAAGACUCUAAGCUCAAACAAAAGGCAAAAGUCAAGUCCAAAUUUGAUCUUCCUUUUCAUCAUAACUCCGCCAAAUUAUCAUCAAGACAAAAUGGACCUGGUAAGCGGCGAACAUCCAUGGUCAGCGAGAAAUUGCCGAAAUACAUCCAGAGUCAGUUACGAGCACAGCGACCCCUUCAAAAGAUAACCCCUAAACCAUCAAUGCAACCAAUUGGUACUAUUGUAAAGAGGAAACAAUCUCAAUUGAACCCACUAAAGACGUUGGGCUUUCAACCAAAAUCAAAUAUGAAACUCCCUUCAAAUCAUCCAAGCCUUCAGUCAACAAAUACUCCAGCAGAUACUUCAGCACAAACUUCAGCAGAUACAUCUUACCUGGACCGCGGAGUGCGUUAUAGUACCAUAGAAGAUGAUUAUUAUGGGGGAGCAGAAGACGAAGAGGAAUAUAUACUGCCGAAUCUGCUUGCGAGACUAUAUGGGUUACAAUUUGAAGAACGAGAGGAAUACAAAAAUGGCGUUACCGAUACCGAGGGUGAAGGUCAAGAAGAGGAAGAAGAAGCAGAGGAGGAAGAUGACGAAUACGGAGAAGGAACUGCUUCAUAUCUGAAUGUCAGUGCAGUGCUGACUACAAAAGAAAUAGGGGAGGAGAAUAACAAAGACGAUGGCGAUUAUUUAUUCAAAAUCUAA